AUGAUGAGCGAGGCGAGGGAAGAAAACUACAAGAGCGGGUCGAAGGCGAAGUACCCGCAGUCGCUCAUGAUGGACAUGUCCAGGUCAUACAUGAACAGGCAAGACAGAAUCAACGCCCUGAAUCUGUACAUCCAGAAGUCGUCCUACAACCCGCAGUUUCUGCAAGACGAUGAGGAGGAAGAAGACGAAAGUGAGAGCGAAACGUUUGGGGAUAUUAUCCUCAGAAUUUUGUCCAUCAUAUAUCCGGACCUUUCUCCAGGCCUAUGGUUUAUAAUUCACUUUAUCAUGAAUUUGAUUGUCCUUUGUGUAAGUUUGAGUUCUUUAUCGGAGCCUAAUUUGCACGACCCGGUAGCAGAGCCGAAAUAUAAUAGGACGUUCAUUUAUGGGAGCAUCUACUGUUGCUUCCUCAUCCUGGGGGUGAACAUAGCCUCCUUUACUCUCAUCAUGGUGAUUCAUGCGAUCAUUCAGAAGGUUUUUUUGGAGAAGCUUUUACAGCCAAGUGCCCUCUGCGCAGCUUUCUACAAUACAGUGGACCCCGAGUUGGUGUACCUCCUAUGGUCAUCCGUCCAGGUCAUCUACUGGAGGAGUAACAUGAUUUUAAAAAAGGGGACCCAAGAAAAUGAGAAUUACUUUAUUCUUCGCAUUUUUGGGUAUAAAGAUCAGGACAACCCAUUCGUAUUUUUGAAUAGCAUCAGCUGGUUAAUUACCUUCCCUGUCUUAUUGUACAUUAUAUUUGCAGCCAGGUUACUUUUCCUUUCCAUUAUAUCGUUUGUAUUUGAGCUGGGCUUCCUCAUGAAUGCACAUGACCUGUUAGGGAAAUAUUUGUCCAAAUAUGGAAUUCUGCGCAAGUUUAAUAUUGAGUGGUUCAUGUUCAUGGCAGAUAAGCAGGAGAAUAUCAGGUCCCUCUUUGGCUACGAGCUGUACCAGGAUGAGAAGAUGAUUAGGCAGCUGGAAACGAAUGACAUCAGUAAGAAGUUUGUGCAGGAUAAGGCUGAGUUGUUACUGUUUAAGAAUUUGCCUCGUAACUGUACUUGCUGCAAAAUUGCUCUAAAUAGAAAUAAGAAGAAAAAUGCCAUGAAGUUGCUUGUCCCACCCAUUUUUGAGGCAAAAAAUAUUGUGAAGACAGAAAAUUCGACCAUAAAAAAUUGGCUAGCUUGUCACUACGUUGUGAAUACCCCUCCUUUGAUUUUUCUCCUAAACAAUAGCAUUCCGCUGAUUAAUAAAAAUUCUGUUAAAGUCGGUGGGGAUAUCCUUUUUAGGCAAAUCAUCAUGUCCUUGAAAAUGUACUACCAGGAGAAGAACGACACUUAUGCCUUCACCGGGUCCGCCAUGCACAACAUGUCUUCCGAUGAGUUUUCCCCCAACAGGAAUUUGAUGACUCUCAAUUUGAACAGGGACUCCAACUUAACCCCCCUCCCCUUCAGCCCCAAGAAUUUUGUGAACAACUCCGACUCCGAGUCCAGGGCCAAGAAGAAGAUCAACUUGGAGAACAUUUUCAACGACAUGGAUUUGGACGCCAUCCGGCUGGAGGCCGCGCGGGAGGGCGAAGCGGAGAGAGAAGCGGCGAGGGGCGAAGCGGCGAGGGGAGCGGAGAGGGAAGCGGAGAGGGAAGCGGAUACAGAAGCUUCUAGGGGAGAAGCUUCUAGGGGAGAAGCUUCUAGGGGAGUGGCCAACGAAACCGCAUGGGAAGCCGCUGAGGCGGGGCGCGCCACUUCUUCUGCGCCCGGGAUUGGCGAGCCAAGGCCCCCGGCCAAGGCGAAAAGUCGGGCCAAGCAGAGGCCUAAAGCAAAGCGGGGAUCCAGAAAUGCCAGCAGCGUCGCGCAAAGGAAGAGGGGGAAAUCGGGAGCGAUUGAACGGGGGGAGACGGGGAAUAGAGGAGGCUCUCCGGGGAAAAGUGACCUGGUGGCACAGCCCGGUGAGCGACGCGCUCAUGGGUUGAUUAGCGGGGCGUCCAGCCAAACGGCGGAGAGGAGGACGCCCUCCGUGGUUAGCGACACGAAUGAGGUGAAGAGUGUGAAGGGGGAGAAGCACAGAGGGGAGGCUUUGGACGGUGUAACCGCAGGUGAUUCUCCCCGGGUGCACCAAAUUAGAAGUGUUAAAGUUACCGACGAGGGGGUGCAAGGGGGUCGCCCCUCUGAUCGCUCCUCCUGUCACCCCUCUGGUCACCCCUCGGAUGAUGAACUCGGUGGAAACGCCGUGCGGGCGAACCUAGAGAGAGAGACACAAAACGGUGGUGCAGUGGAAGGAGAGGCGGUUCCCCCCCCCGCCGCGACCAGAGGAAAGGACGAGCUGGAGGAGGACCCAAACCUCACCAGGAAAGAAACGCCCACUUUGGAAGGCACCAAGUUUAACAUCUGCAUCACGCCGUCCCUGUCUGGUAUUCAGGAAUUGGCGGGCGAGAAGAAAGACCCCGUCGGGGGCGGCGGUGCUCUGUACGACGAUUUGAAGGGCGCGGAGGAGGGGGCGUUCUACCCGCCGCUGGAAAACUACAACAGCAUGCAGGUGCAGAUAAAGGACUUCACAAUUGAGGACGUGCUGCAGAAGAAGUACACCACGGACUCGACGCACAAGUGCGAAAUGGGGAGGGGCCCCUCCGAGAGGGGGGCGACCCGCGCCCCCGCAGUGGGGGAAGGGGGAGAAGUGAACGAAGAGGAUGAGGCGGGCGAAGCGGACGAAGGGGACGAAACGGAUGAAUCGGACGAAGCGGACGAAACUGAUGAGACCCCCCCGCGCGACGUCGAGGUGGCGAACGCGAAGACGCAGCUGCGCAGCGAGCACAGCGUGGGGGCGCCCCCGCAAAACGGGCCGGCGAAGCGAAACACCACACUGAACAUCUCCAGCGACGAAAGCAACAAGGAGUCCUACACUCGGGAAGUGAACUCUUCAUACCAACUAUUCGGCGAUAGGAAAAAAAAAACAAAUAACAAAAUGAAGGAAUCUAUCAAAUUAAGCAAGAAGAUGAAAAACAACGGGUCUACAAACAAAAAGCCGCAGUACUACCAUUCGCAUCUCCUGAACGAAGAGCUGAAUGUGCUGGAGAGAAGCGAUGCAAUAAAUGUAAAAAAAUUGAAGGAGAAUAGGAAAGCGAAAUUGUGCCCAUGUUUAUGCUUUAAGCAGAGUAAAAAAGGACGAUUCAGUAGGGCAAAAAGGGAUAUCUCUCUCGAGAUUGACGACCCUUUUGUUAUGAAUGUGAGGAGUCCCAUGCAGAUGAGCAUAAACGGAAAUGAAUUCAUAACAAAAGAAAUGAUAGAGGUUUUUCUAAAGCCAGAGGAGACAGAAGAAUUCAUGAAGGAGUUCGAUUUGUCUGGACAUGGUAAAAUUGACAUGCUAAUGUUUAGAAAUGCAAUAAAGAGAGCUAUAUCGUGUAGGAAGAAAUUUAUAAAAAGUUUGAAAGGACAAGAGAGUAUCCUCAAACUGGUUCGUCGCCUAAUGUCUAUUCUUCUCUCCUUCCUAGCAUCCGUCGUUCUGUUAUUCAUCUUUGGAGUUUCUGUAGACACCAUCAUAGUGACCGGGGCUGCCUUCAUAACAGCUGUUACGGUAAUUCUGAGCUAUAUGUACACAAGCUUUAUCACCUCCGUUAUUUUUAUAGCCUUCUCUAACCCGUAUAACAUAGGGGAUCGCAUACGGCUAGACGGAGGAGAAGCCAUGUACAUUAAGAAGAUCAAAACGUAUACGACCGAAUUUGAAACUACCACAGGAAAAAUUGUUAUUUACGAAAAUUCAAAGCUUAGUAAUGCCAAAAUUUACAAUGAGAGUAGGUCCAAAAAUGCCUAUAUAGACAUAUCCUUUAAGGUUGAUAUAAACACCCCUCUGCUUGCACUUAAGGAGCUCAGGAAGAGUUUACAAUUUUUGGUGGACAGUAGACCGAGUGACUUUUGCAAAACGAAGAAUUUAUAUUUUGGCUACUCUUUACAGCCAGGUCAUUUCUACGAAAUUAGCUUUUGGAUAAAAUGCGUCGAGGGGUGGGGCAAUUGGAGGAAGGUCUUCGAGCUGCGGACCGACAUUUACGAUUUCAUCAUUUUGCAACUGAGGCUGCUGAGCAUAUCCUACCGACUGCCCACUCAGAAGGUGGGGUUCACCGCUCCGCUGAACAUUAUGGACAUGGGCAACUUGAAGGGGAGCAGGAACAAGCCGUACGACUACUCCUGCCCCCCCAAGGAGGUGAGGAACCCGCUCUUCAUGCCGUCGCCCAAGCACAAGCGGGAGUUCGACUGGGAGGGCGGCCAACUGGGGGGCGGUGGUGAGCAAUUCGGUGGGGAUACCCCAACCCACUUCUGCCCCUCCGAUGGGGUGGACCGUCCCCUACUGCACAGGAGAAGCGGCAUCACAGUGCAGCACGCAGCGGGAUGGGCGCAAAAUGGGGCAACCGAUCAGGAGCAGGCGUGCACUUCCGCCACUGGGUUGUUCCCCCUAAAGGGAAGAUCCCCCCUUGUGAGUCAUUUGCCUUAUGAAGAGAGUUACACUCAUGGAGGGGGAGCCCCUACCCAAGGAGGACCCACCAAUGGGGGGGGAAACAUCGAAGUGGGAACACCACCUGUACCAUUUUGGAAGAAUUUCAAAGCGAGUCAUCCCGUCAUCCCAAUGAAGAAUAUGUCAAACAGGUGGGACGACAGGGAGGAAAGGAGUCCAAAAGGAUGGCCCCAUGAAGCAAUGCACGACUGGAAGGCACACCCAAGGGAUGCUGCAGACGGAGUGAAUCCCCACUGUGGGAGUACCUUCCUGUAUGGGCAGUACCAUGGUGAAGAGACUAACCGUAUUGUCAACCCGCACAGCAUUUUCCACAGCUCAGAGCCGUCACAAGAAAUUAACCAUAACGAGGGGGACGAAUACUCCUAUGAUAGUUCCUCUGGUUAUGAUAGCUUCGAAUACGUAAAGCACUUUACAAAUCUUCACGAUGGAGUUCGCAGGGGGGUGUCCGUCAAAGGUGGCAGAAGUUUUGCCCGCAAAAGGGAUCGCAACAAGAAGGGUGAGUAGUCAUCCUAUUUGCUUUAACAAUUUAGUGCCAUAGGGAAGUACGUACGAAUGCUCCGUUUGUGUGCUUCUCUCUCAGGGGGAGAUGUGUCAAAGGGUAUCUGCCUUUUUUUUCUCCCCCCCUUGCUGGUAUAGCGCAAGUACGUUCGCGUUUGUGGCGAACCGUUUCUGUGGUUCACCAUUGACCCUUCUCCUUUGCAAUGAGAAAAAAAAAAAAAAAAUGUUUCAAAAUUAAAACCCGUUUGUAUUUUUUUCCUCCCCCCCUUGCCUCCGUGUCGGCAUAGUUGUAGCACUUUUCCCGUGUCCUUUACUUCCAUUGUACCACCAUUUUGAUGUUGGCCCAUUUGUGUGUGUGUGCGCAGAAAUACACGAAUGUAGGUCUGUGUCGGCGUGCACAUGCGCCAACGCGGCUAUGUCUGUUUCUGCCCGCACAUCAGGGGGGGGGAGUUAGCGUGCAUUUAUGUUCCACCCCUGUCGUGGUGUUUCGAUACGAACUGGGCAUACGCACAGGCACAUAUGUACGUAUGCCCAUGCUUAUGCCUAUGCGCGUGUGUUUUUUUUCUCCCUUUUACGAGAUAAUUCGAUAUGUUUGUCAAUUGUUUAGUUCGUUCGCUGCACACGCGUAAAUGGAUCGUUUCUCCCCCCCUAUUAUUUCACCCGGCCAUCCUCCGUAAGACCUAAUUCCGCUUCUCCCCUUUUGAUCUAUCAACAAAAUGGUGAAGUUUGCAAAAUUGGUGGAAACGU